GAAAAAAAAAAUUAAAGGAGACUACGGUAAAUCAGUUGUGCCAAAACUAUUUAUCUUUCUCCUGUACAUCCUCUUUUUUUUUCUUUCUACUUUCCCCUCACCUCCACUCCCUCCUCCCUCAUACCCUCUGCAUUGUCUCUGAUUUUGAGUGGGGAAUCACCGUAUGCGGUGAUAUCCAAUUUCUCGAUCUCUCAACUCCCCUCCCUCCCCCUCCAUUCAUCCCAUCAACCUGCGCAUUCAGUUGCGUAGCAAGCCAUUGUCAACAUGGUCUCUAUCCAAACCGCUGGAGAAGCAGUGGCAAGAAUCGCCUACCUUACUAGCGAUGUCGUCCUCUCCGUUCAACCCUCUCUGCAGGCAGAUUCCUUGUUCUCCAAGACUCUGAAGACUCUCAAGACGAACAACAUCCCGAGCGUCUUGCCUAGAAACAACCCAGAGGUUGUGGCUGUGCGAUAUAAUGAGGAUCCUCUUCUUUCUGCUUUCCAUCCCCUGCAGACUGGCAAUGCCGUGUCCGUCGUCACCAGCUCUUCUGCCCUACUCUCCUCGAUCCCUCACCUCUACCGACUAGCGAAUAACCCUAUUGUCCUCCACGUCGCUUUGGAGCCCUACCCGUUCCCAGACUACUCUGUGAUCAGCUCGAUCCGUCAGUGUGGUUUCACCUUCCUUCACUCGGAGACUCUUCAGGAGGCUCAGGAUAUCGCUAUCACUGCACAUGCCUUGGCCCGCAAGUCUGGCAAGGGUGUCAUCCAUUUCUUCGAUCCUGCCAACUCCGCACGCGAUGAUGCUAUCAUAGAGGAGAAUGCCGAUGUCGUACGGUCUCUGUUGAGCCUAGGUUCAGAUGCAGCCACUCAUUCCGCGGGCUCGGGUGUCCAGACGCUAUACACUGAUUCGGGCCGUGUCGCCACCGUUACUGAAGAGGCCGUUGAGAGCACCAACCAGCAGACUGAGGGCAGCUCCACGCCUGCUCAAGCCUCGCAGCUCUCUACCAGCGUAAGCCUUGACAACUCUUCCGUUGGCUCAUCCCGCCGGGACAGCAGCACUGACAGCCGUGGAUCGAGCUCCGCUGCUACCACCGUUGAUGCUUCGUCAGUUCGCCCUGUCAGCGCUGCUGAUGUCUUCGAGUGGACUUCUCAGAUCUGGAAGGGUCUUUCUGAGGCGGUCGGACGCAACUACCGUGCUAUCGAGUACACCGGUCCCUCUGAUGCUAAGUCGGCCAUUUUCGUAUUCGGUUCGACCGGUGUGUUCGCCGAUGUCUUGGGCAAGGAGGAGACUGGUGAGCUGAGCAGUGUGGGACUGAUCACUGCCCGCCUGUACCGCCCCUGGGUUGGUGGUCAGAUUAUCAACUCGAUUCCUAGCUCUGUGGAGAAAAUCGCGGUUCUCGAGCAGGUUCGGAAGACCACCAAGUGGGGUCCUUCUUUCAUGGAUCUCCUCUCCAGCCUUUCUCCUUCGACUGCCGGUCGGUCUACGCCCCAAAUUGUUGGGUACAGGCUCGGAUACGUUGAGCCUUCGACUGCGGUUCAGGCUCUCCGUGGCAUUGUUCAUAACCUGAACUCCUCCUCUCCCAUUCAGAACUUGGAGAUCGGAAGCUCCAAGGUUCCUGCCCUGCAGACUGCCCUCGAGCAACCCCAUCUCGAAAAUGCCUACAUCAAGAUCCUGAACCAGCUUUUCGGUGAACGCCUUCACGUGGCCAACCAGCUGGGUUCCAAGAAUGCUGGUAUCUCGGCCACUAUCGCGGCCAGCCCCGAGUACGGAUUCGGUGCCCUGAUUGCUCGGCUGGAACACCGCAAGCGUUUCAUUCGUGAGGUCGAAGAAGCUUCCAAGGCUACCACUUUUGCAACGGAUGUUCCUCGCACUUGGCUCUCUAAGUGGGCUCUUAGCGCCGCGGAUGCCUCCAAGGCCAACAAGCUGGCCCCCGAUGUCAUUGCGCGCUUGUCCAACGACGGCUCCCAGCUCGCUAGACAGCUUCUCGCUUCCAAGAAGCUCUUCUACGACGAGUCUCUGUGGCUGAUCGGCUCUGACGCCUGGGCUUACGAUCUCGGAAACUCGGGCGUUCACCACGUUCUCGCUUCCGGUGCCAACGUGAACAUGCUUAUCAUCGAUUCUCAGCCCUACUCGGAGCGCACCGCGUCCGAUCCCACCCGCAGAAAGAAGGAUAUCGGUUUGUAUGCUAUGAACUACGGCAACGCCUAUGUCGCUUCCGUCGCCGUGUACGGCUCCUACACUCAGGUGCUCCAGGCCAUGGCCGAGGCUGAGAAGUUUGAUGGUCCCUCCGUCAUUGUUGCCUACUUGCCUUACAAUCAAGAGAACGACUCUGCUUUGACUGUCCUCCAGGAGACCAAGAAAGCCGUUGAUCUUGGAUACUGGCCCUUGUACCGUUGGAACCCCGCCAAUGAGGGGACGAGCGAGCCCAAGUUCAAUCUGGACUCCGAUCGCAUCAGACGCGAGCUUGAGGAGUUCCUGCGCCGCGACAACCAGCUCACGCAGCUCACAAACCGUCAGCCUAAGUUCUCGUCCGUUCUUGCCGAGUCGUAUGGUACCGAAGUCCGGGCAUUGCAGAAGCGUCAGGCCAAGGACUCUUACGAGAAGCUGCUCGAUGGUCUCUUCGGUGCUCCUUUGACUAUUCUCUUCGCCUCGGAUGGUGGUAAUGCACAGAACAUUGCCAAGCGUCUCGGUAACCGCGGUCGCGCUAGAGGUCUCAAGACCCUUGUCAUGGCCAUGGAUGACUAUCCCACUGAAGAUCUUGCUACUGAGGAGAAUGUGGUCUUCAUCACCAGCACAGCUGGUCAGGGAGAGUUCCCCGUCAACGGUCGUGGUCUUUGGGAGUUCGUGAAGAACUCCGGCGACUUGGAUCUUUCUUCCAUCAAUUACUCCGUCUUCGGUCUCGGUGACAGCCACUACUGGCCCCGCAAGGAGGAUAAAAUCUACUACAACAAGCCCGCCAAAGACCUCGAUGCUCGUGUCGCCUUCCUGGGAGGUCGCAAGCUCACAGACAUCGGAUUGGGCGACGACCAGGACCCUGAUGCUUACCAGACUGGUUACUCUGAAUGGGAACCUCGUCUCUGGCAGUCUCUUGGUGUUGACAAGGUUGAAGGUCUGCCGGAGGAGCCGGCCCCGUUGACCAAUGAAGACAUUAAGAUUCAAUCCAAUUUCCUGCGUGGUACCAUUGCCGAAGGUCUCUUGGAUGAGUCGACUGGAGCCAUCUCGGCCAGUGAUCAGCAGCUGACCAAGUUCCACGGAACUUACAUGCAGGACGACCGUGAUGUUCGUGAUGAGCGCAAGGCACAAGGUCUUGAGCCUGCUUACAGCUUCAUGAUCCGUUGUCGCCUGCCCAGUGGUAUUGCCACUCCUUGGCAGUGGCUGCAGAUGGAUGCCAUCAGCAGCUCGCAUGGUAACGAGACAAUGAAGCUCACUACCAGACAGACCUUCCAGUUCCACGGUGUUAUCAAGCGCAACCUUCGCGGCGCUAUGCGUGCCAUCAACAAGUCCUUGAUGACUACCAUUGCCGCCUGCGGUGAUGUCAACCGUAAUGUCAUGUGUAGUUCACUGCCUGAGCUUUCCGCUUUUCACCGCGAAGCCCAUGCUGUCUCUCAAAGAAUCAGCGAUCACCUUCUUCCCGCCACCAGCGCUUACCACGAAAUCUGGCUCAAGGAUGAUGACGACAAGAAGGUCCAGGUCGCGGGUGAUGCUGUCGUUGACCACGAGCCCCUUUACGGUCCUACCUACCUUCCUCGCAAGUUCAAGAUCACAAUCGCCAUCCCUCCUCACAAUGACACCGAUGUCUACGCCCACGACAUUGGUUUGAUUGCCAUCAAGGGUGCCGACGGGCACCUGGAGGGCUUCAACAUCAUUGCAGGUGGUGGUAUGGGUACCACCCACAACAAUAAGAAGACUUACCCUCAGACUGGACGUAUGUUCGGUUACGUCCCAGCGGACCAGGCUCACAUUGUCUGCGAGAAGAUCAUGCUCGUCCAGCGCGACCACGGAGACCGCAAGAACCGCAAGCACGCUCGUUUGAAGUACACCAUUGACGACAUGGGCGUCCCAGCCUUCAAGGAGAAGGUCGAGGCUCUCCUUCCGGAGGGUCUGCGCUUCGCUGAGCCCCGUCCCUUCAAGUUUGACUCCAAUGUGGACACCUUCGGCUGGGUCAAGGACGAGAAGGGUCUUAACCACUUCACCUGCUUCAUCGAGAACGGUCGUAUUGAGGAUACCGCCGACUUCAAGAUGCGCACCGGUCUUCGCGAGCUGGCCAAGCUUGACAAGGGCGAGUUCCGUCUGACUGGUAACCAGCACGUGAUUAUCUCCAACAUCAAGGAUGAGGAUCUUCCUGCGGUCAAGGAGCUGAUGGCCAAGUACAAGCUCGACAACACCGCUUUCAGCGGCCUCCGCCUGUCCUCCUCCGCCUGUGUUGCCUUCCCUACUUGCGGUCUUGCUAUGGCCGAAUCAGAGCGUUACCUGCCUGUUCUCAUUGGCAAGCUGGAGUCCACUUUGGAGGAGGUUGGCCUCGCUCAGGACAGCAUUGUCAUGCGUAUGACUGGUUGUCCCAACGGCUGCGCCAGACCUUGGCUCGCUGAGGUUGCCUUCGUCGGCAAGGCGUACGGCGCGUACAACAUGUAUCUGGGUGGUGGUUACCACGGUCAGCGCUUGAACAAGCUGUACCGCUCUUCCAUCAAGGAGGACGAGAUUCUUGACAUCAUGAAGGGCCUGCUCAAGCGUUAUGCUGCCGAGCGCAACACUGACGGCGAGGUCCCCGAGAGAUUCGGAGACUGGUGUAUCCGUGCUGGUGUGAUCAAGGCCACAACUGAUGGACAGAACUUCCACGAAGGAGUUGCUGAGGAAGAUGAGGAGGAGUAAGAUAUCGGCCGAUGAGGUGUCGUGAGCACGAUAUACAUGUCGCAUUGUUCUCGUUGCAUUGUGCUAAAAAUAAUUUAUUGGAUGAACUGUUCAUGAUCUUGGACGAUGAUACAGCUAGCUCUUUUGUACAUACUUCUGAUGACUAAUUGUUUCUAUACAACCAACCAAGC